AUGAUCGCCAGUAAAAACGCCCAAAAACCCUCAAAAUCUCCACAAGAAGUACCACCAGUGACGGAUGAGGAAUACUACAAGACCAAUGUCAAAUUCAAGACAGAGCAUGUGAAAAUACUGGAGGAAGUCUUUUCAGUCAACAGAUAUCUGUCUGCGGAGAGAGUUAACCAACUUGCAAAAGAUUUCUAUUGUGAACCAACUAAGUUAAGAAAUUGGUUCUCACAUCGCCGCCAGGCAGUAAAGGCGGAUCCACAAACUCCGCCAGACGAAAUAUUAACCAAAAUCUAUGAAAGCGAUAAUUCCUUUAUGGAAUAUGGGAAUAAGGAGCUCCUUGAGAAAACGAAGUGGUCAGAGGAGAAGGUUAAUGACAUUUUUAUCGGCAACUGGUUUACUCAACGACGACUUCAGAAUGGACCACUCAAGGAAACCGUAAUAGAGCCGGUUCUAGAGAGCUUGUUCUUGAAACAGCAAUUCCUAGGAAAACAAGAAGAAAAUGAGCUGGAAAAGACAACUGGGAUCAGUUGGUUCAUUAUGCAUCCAUGGUUCAAAAAGAAGCGUCAAGAAGUCAUUCGACAGCAUCUAGGCGGUUCGAUAGCCAACUUGCCCACUGAAAUGAUGAUGCUGAAAGCUCAUUAUCGACAAAGCGACACUUUUGAUCUGGCACUGAGAAGGAAGAUUGCAGCAGAAAUGGACUUUCAUGAUGAAGAUGUCACUGAUUUCUUCUCGGAACUAACGACUGCUUAUCAAGAGUUUAUGGAGGAACAAGAAAACGAGGAAGAUGUUGAAGAAAUGGCCGAUGCUCAAGAUCCUGAGCAGGAAGAAAUGCAAGAUUCGCAAGACCACGUGGAGUCGGACAUUCCAUAUUCUCGAAAUGAGGUAGCGGACAAUCAGCAAGGUCAAGAUGAAGCCGAAGAGAUGGAAUACGAUGAGGAGAACGGAGCACUUCCAGAUUGGGAGUACCUGAAUGCCCAUUACUCGCAAAAUGCUCCAAACGUUCUGGAAUUGGAGGUCCAGAAUGUUCCGGAGUUUGUUGCUGAAGAAACUGUCUCUUCUCCAAGUACGUCCAAUGACUCAGUGACCGAAGAAGGGUCACAGGAGGCUGACCAGGACGUUGAAAUAUUAGGAAUUCUUCCUCAACCAAUCGUUGUGGCUCCAAGGAUCAAGGUCGAGGAUCAAGGUCCAGCUCCACCAGAACGCAUUGUCUACGAGCUCCAGGAUCGUCUUCUAGAGUUCCAAAAUGAAGAACAUGCUCCGGGACCUAUUCCACUCCGGCGAGUGAAGACCACGAUGGCUGAGAUCAUCAAGAUCGAUAUGUGUGGAUUGCUGAGGGGAACUCAUGACACUGGAUUCGUGUGCAAAGAACAGCUCCAAGAGUACAAAGUUUAUGAUCCCGUGACUCGAGAGCCUUUGGUGCUCCCUUUCAAUGGCUCAGCGGAUUUGAGCAGCUGGUCGCGGUGCCAAGUUCAAGAGUUCCUGGGCCAGAUACUGCUUUCAAACACUGCACAAUCGGUUGUGUCAAAAUAUUUGGAGAAAUUUGAGCUGUUGACGUUCGAAGCAAAAACUGUUCAAUUUUUUGAAGAAUUGAACUCCUUGUUCUCUCAUAGGAACCAGGGGAUUAAGUGGAGUGAGUAUGAAAAGAUCUCGAGAGAAGUUGGAAAAGUCAGAAGAGUCCAACUUAAGCGAAAUUGA